AUGAAUGCAAUAAUUUAUCCAAUAAUGCCCUCAAUAACUAAGUUUGAAGGAUUCAUUGUUUGUUAUAAUAAUACAAAAUAACUAAUUUCAGUUUCAUUAAAAGAACUUUAGUUAAACUUUAGAAGGGAGAAUGCAAUAAAGCAAUUAGAAUAAUAACAACUAUAAAAAUAGCUUCCAGAAAAUAAAUAAGAUUGUAGGUAAGAAUAAUAUCAUUCACAAGUAGAAAAUCCUUAAUAACUUAUAUUUAUAGACAAUUAGCAAAACUCCCAUUAAAUAUUGGGUUAAUAAAAUUUUCAAUUUUGUUAAGCAAACUAUUAUAAUGUAAGCUAUAAUCAAGUAAAUUAUGAAGAGAAAAGUUAAGAAGUCAUAGAAAAUAAGGAGAACUAUAGUUAUUGUUCCACACCAAAAUUUGAUGAUAUAAUCAGCAGAUUUUAAAUGGAACCUAAUAAUUAUAAAAUACAGACUAGUAAGAAGAAAAAGAGUUUUUAAAAAGGAUUAUUUUUUACUUUUUAGAAGGAAGAAUCUCAUUAAUAUAAGGAAAGAAUAAAAAGGGAAAGUUUUUAAUAGAUUUAUUCUUCUUAAAAGAAAGGGAACUAAUUUACAAUAUCUAUUCCAAAAAAUAAUUAAUCAUUCUAGAGCGAUUUUUAUUCAUUAGGAUUCAAAAAACUGAAAGAAUAAACAAUAUAAGAUUUUUUAAAGAAAAUAUUAAAUUAUUUUACUCAAAGUAUUAAGAUAUAUCAAUGUAAUGAAAAAUUAGGUAUGAAAACUUAACUUUAAAACGCAUAAUUAUUGAAAGAAUUAAUAAUUUUAGAAGGAACAGAAUUUAAAAUAAUUGAUAUCGCUUCAGAUCAAGUUCAGGGGAUAGACUAGGUUAAAUUUGAAUAUGGCGAAGUCGAGUUUAAUCAUUAAGAUAAUAUAGAUUAUUUAUAAUUAUGUAAAUUCAAGCAAGAUUGUGUUGAAAUACAUGAAUCUAUUUUGAAAGAUGUAGAAAGAAUUACAUUUUACAAUUUUGGAGAGUCUAGUCAAAAAGCAAGUGCAUUAAAAAAACAAGAUUUUGAUGAAUUUGUUGGAUGGGUGAAAUGUUGGUGUGUUUAGAAUAAUUUUGAUAUUCUUCAUAUUGGAACUCAUUUGACAGUUCGUUUAAUUUGA